UAUAAUUCACAACCCAUGGCUGGUUGUAACUGGUGAACGCUGGUGAAGCUCGGUAUUGCGAAAAUUUACAAGCUUCGCCGCUGCAUUGGAGUUUUCGAAGAAAACUAUCGUUUCCUAACUCAUCGAAAUGAGUAUUCUUUCGUACAAUGGCGGUGCCAUAAUUGCGAUGAAGGGAAAGAACUGUGUGGCUAUCGCGGCGGAUCGUCGGUUUGGUAUACAGACACAUACGGUGGCGUGUGAUUAUCAAAAGAUUUUUGAAAUGGGUCCCUACUUAUAUCUGGGCCUUCCUGGCCUUGCAACCGAUACACAAACCGUGAUGGAAAGACUACGCUUCAGGUUGAAUCUAUAUGAGCUAAAAGAAAAUCGUAGAAUUCAUCCAAAAACAUUUGGUAACAUGGUUGCAAAUAUGCUUUACGAUAAGCGAUUUGGACCUUACUUUGUCGAGCCAGUAGUAGCUGGUUUAGAUCCAGAAACCUUUGAACCAUAUAUCUGUAAUAUGGAUCUUAUUGGUUGCAUCAACUCACCAAUGGACUUUGUAGUUGGUGGUUCUUGCACAGAACAGCUUUAUGGAAUGUGCGAAUCCCUAUACGAACCUAAUAUGGAGCCAGUCGAUCUGUUCGAAACUAUUAGCCAAGCUCUGGUUAAUGCAUUCGACCGUGAUGCGAUCUCUGGUUGGGGAGCCAUCGUACACGUUAUAGAAAAGGAUAAAGUGACAACAAGAACCUUGAAGACGCGAAUGGAUUGAAGUCCACUGUUAAUUGUAAUAAUUAUUAUUGUUGCGUUCAAGGAAUCGAACGAGCAGAGAUAAUGGGAGCCUCAAUAAUUAAGAUAAUAAUAAAGUAUGUUCCAUUUGACCAUUUUCACAGUACCACGGAUGUAGCAGUUUAUAAUUGUCUGAAAUCAUUCCGAUCCUGAAGCAAAUUACACUUUUAUUAACUAAUUCAUUCCUUUCCCAUUCCUGACAUGCUUUCUGGUGUAAGAUGGUAUACGGUGCAGUAGCUUUUUGUUGUGUGUAGUCACGUUCUCGAACUAAGUGUUCUUAUCAUUUAAUAUUGCGUUUAAAAUUCCCUCCAUUUUUUUCGAUCUGGUGAUUUCCAAUGAUGUAAUUUCUUAAAGAUUAGCAACCCCGCUUGGAAGUUGUCUACAGUAGGGAUGUUCGAUUCUCUUAGUAGGAUCGAUUCUUGAAUCGAACAUGCCUAGCUACAGUUGCCAGUAAUAAGAUGGCCGAAUAAUUUCAUCUUGCUCGUUUAUGAUUGAGAAAAAAUGGCUUUUCACGCGUUUUGUAAAACUUUCCGGCAACUAAAACUUUACGAGGCCGGUGAGAUUACACUUUCAAUUCUUUUAAUUAACCUCUGUUACAAUGAACAACUUCGUUAUGUAUUAAAACUUCCUUCUCUCGUAGAUAACCUUACUUUUCGGAUCGUCGAUUUUAUUUAGACAAUGAAUUCUUUUUUUAAUUAGACAGAAAUACUUAUAGUUCGAAAGUGUGAAACGGUUUGGACUUAAGUUAGAGUAAUUUUAUAGAUUAUGCGGUAAUCGUUAAUCUGUCCGAGAUCCUGUUUCUGUGUCAAGUAUUUGAAUAAAACAUUUGUUGUCGA